CACGGUAUCAUAGUUUUCAGUCACGCAAAUCACGCUCAAGCACAGCUCCGAACACAACCACUUUGACGGCAAAAGCGCACACACGUUGACUGAUCCAUACGGGAUUUUUUUUUUAAUAGAAAGUGUUCUUUUAAAAAUCUCAACGACGGAUUCCUUUGCCGUAUCCUCGCUUGAUCAUUGCAAAGCCAGGGCUUCGCUCCUCUUCCACGCCUCUUGUUGAAUACAGUUCAAAUCAGCAAAACGAUCCCAUCGAACGUCUUCCAUGCUCGUGCAUGACCAGACAUCAACUAUACAUUUCCUUGAAUCUUUUCAAUAUUGACUCCAAAGGUAUCUACGAACUUCAUAUCUUCCCAAGACGAAGCGAAAUAAGGAGGACUCGGUCACAGUGGAAUACUUGUAUGCUGAAAUUUCGGAGCUUUGUUUGACCCCAAUCGAUAGAAAUUGUUUGGAUUCGGCCGCUGAUUGAAUCAGGGCUGGGCAAAAUAUUAAAUUGCAUCUUGCUUUGUUCAUUCUUUUCAUAUAUUCAUGUAGAAGUGGGACGUCUUCUUCGCCUUCUCUUUCCAGCAUCGGAGACAAGUGGACAGUUGUUUUUAGACUUCACAUUUGUACUUCAAAUGGUACUUAAAUAUUUUUUAAUGAAGGAUGUUGCAGUGUGUUAAUCAUUUCGAUAUCGACAUUGUAUGACCCAGUUAUAUAUGUAUCAGGUCUUGUAAUUUUCCUGCCUGUAGAGAGUCGGCUAUAAAUCUGUGACAUUACAAAACAGCUCGAUGAAGAGAGAAAGCGAAUUGGAGGUGUCUUGUAAUUUCAAAAUUAUAUAUAGAAGACGCUAUUACAAACUCCUCAAAAGUGCACCACUAUGAAUAUACUAUGAUACACCGCUUGCCUCAAUUAAAUAUGAUAGUCAAUUAAAACGUAUGAAUACUUCAUUUCGUUAUUAUUUUAACAAUUAAGAUCUCCCCUACAUUACUCUAUAUCUCUCUCUUCAAAAUGGAUGACAUAGCCUAUACAACCUGUGAAAUAAUUAUCGCUGCCUUAUCCGUCAUCGGCAACGGACUCGUUCUCUAUAUCUACACCAGCAACAGCCGUCUCCAUACUGUCACCAACUAUUUCAUCGUGUCCCUGGCCAUCGCCGAUUUCCUAGUAGGCCUUCUCGGGGUACCCUUCGCCAUCCUGACCAAUGAAACUCUCCCUCAUGGAAGCUUCUAUGGCUGCCUCAUCAUGCUGAACUUUCUCCUCUGGCUCUGCGGGGCAUCCACCUUCAGCCUGAUCGGCGUCUCCCUCGACCGCUACAUCGCCAUCUCUUACCCUCUCCGCUACAACGUCUUCGUCACGCCCCUCCGGGCCAUCGUCGUCAUCAUCGUGUGUUGGAUAAUGGCCGCCAUCGUCGGGUUCCUGCCCGUGGUCGGCUGGAACAAGGGCGAGCCCGAGGACGGGAAGUGUUUCUUUAUUCACAUCAUUCACAUGGAUUACAUGUUGUUCAACGCGGUCAUGGUCAUCUACAUUCCGCUGGUCGUCAUGGUGGUCAUCUACGCUUUCAUUUUCCGAGCUGUUCGUAAACAGGUAAGUCAAGUUAAAUAUUUCAUAACUUUCCUUCCUGGUGAGAGCCAUAAAGCAUAUCAUAAUUUCAACAUGUUUUGAAUAAUUGCUAAUUAUGAUGCUUGCCCUGUCCAUGGCCCGAUUAUUCUUUGCAUUGUUUUCGAAAAAAAAAAUCGAUUAAUCCUCACUUUCUUAAAAUGUUAAACAGCUGAAAAUAUGUGACAUCCUUCAUAUCGACAAUUGACAAAUCGAAGGCAUUCUAAAUAUUCACAUUUGUCGAUAACAUACCAUUGAACAAAAAUCUAUAUUCUUCAAAACAUAAUGUUCAUCUUUGUCGUCACUGAGCGUAUAUCAAUGUGUUGUGUUGGUGAUGGUGAGGAUAAAACACAUUGGCCGACUUUUACGAUAAAAUAUGGAACAAGGUCGUCUAACAAACGUCCGUCAAUGUUCUUCUCUCGUCCGUAUGUAGAAUGUUCAACAUUACUUUUAAUGUUCUGAUUAAAAAAUCAUAAAGAUAAAUACUAGUACCAAUUCGGUGACGUAGACAUGAUCAUAUAAUGAAGGAGAAGAAGAGGAGAAAGGAGUAAAACAACAACAACAACAAGCUGAUG